AAUCACCGUCGCAAGUUACACAAUCUAGCCCACAGGGAUGCUGGGUUCGGGAUAUGAUGCUUUUAUGUCAUCCAAACCGCCUGGCCACUGUUAUGCAAUGCUCACUGUCACGGUUACCAAAGAUAGAGAGAAAAAAACGUGGGCUUAGACCCGGGAACCAAUGGGGAAGCUUGGAGCGUGGUUAACUGACCUAGCCUGACACGCUUUAAGUACAGGGUUAAGGACAACCUAUACAUGAAGGGGUGAUCAAGUGCAAGGGCUUUGGUCCAGUGAUGAACUUAGGUAUAGCCUAGUUGCACUUCUUCACCGAAACCAUCAUCGUUUUGUCUCCUUUUUGGCUGCGGUCUACGCGAGGUAGGAGUGGGUGAAUCGAGGGUGUUAGAGCCAACAAGCUGUGCGGCUCUUCGCGAGGUUUUUCCCCGCUCAAUUCUCCUCCGGGUCGGGAAAUUUUGCGGCGUAAACAGAGAGCUGUACACGAGGCUAGCAGAAUUCCAUACGAGAGAUCACAAUGGCAGCAACAGCAUCUCCACUUCCCCAGACAUCAGCUUUGAAUCUUUCCAUCAAGAUGACGGACCAGGUGAACAACAGGGACUACCUCGCACAGCACCGACACUGCGGCAAGCCUGUGCAGCGUGUCCACCCGAACGGUCGCCUGUCCGAACAGGGGAGUCUUCCACCCAUGGAGCUAUCAACCAAGCUCCCCAACGGCGCGGACCCAAUGGAUCUGAGCACGAACAUACCAGACCUGAUCAUGUCCCGUAAGCAGAGAGUGUUCACCUCGGAAGACUCUAAGGAUAUCCAGUAUUGGGACAAACGCCGCAAGAACAACGAUGCCGCCAAGAGAUCGAGAGAGAAGCGGCGCCUGACGGACCUCGUUCUGGAAACUCACGUGAUGAACCUCGCUAGGGAGAACGAGAAGCUCAAAGCAGAGCUGCAGGCCAUGAAAGGCAAACCUUGCAAGAACAAAAACACCAAAAGUCAAAACAGGAUCCAUCCAACAUCAAGUGGCAAACAAUUAGGCCAUGGAAUUGCUUACCCCGUUUAUGAGCAAGAUUUAUCAUUCUUCCAAGCACCACCAACCACCAAAAUGUACCCAGCCGAACAACCCAAGAACUUGCUACCACCAUAUCCAACUUCGUUGCAACCUACAGUACGUCCAUUCACGGAUAGACUAGCUACUGAAAUUCCUCACAGGGCACCAGUUUCUUUGCCGCCAAGCAUGGAUGUCAACGCAGUCCAUGCCUACCUCGGGAAUUCACAUCAACUGAUGAUCAAGCAAGAAACCCCGAUAGAUCAACCACUGGUAGCUCGGCAACCUUAUGUUGGUUUCUAUAACGGCAAGACCAAAGUGACCUCGCCAUCAGAGGGUCAAUCUUUCUCCCCAUCGUUGCUCCCUUCGGUUCCCCCGACUAUACAAACUAACCCGAUAGACGCCCAACAGAAACCCCCCUCCCCACCCUCUCCACACAGUGCCUUCUCAUCAGGCAUUGAACUCUCCAAACUUCCUCAUAAACUUCGCGAUAAACUAAAGCGUUCUCUUGCACAGACCGAAGAGGGCGCUGUCGUCAAGACACCAUCAACAUCCGAAGAGCCAUUGUGCAAGAUAAAGAGAACAGUGUCCUCUGAAAUGUCUAGUAUUCCUAUCCCACAAACAUCAAAGGUCGCUCAUGAAGAACUUCAAUGUGGUCGCCCUAGGUUGGACAGCUUUACACCCCCUCCUUCAAGCUCUUCAAGCGAUGGCAACAUAAGCCCCCAUACAUGUAGCUCCGUCUUGGAGUACCCAGUCAAAUCAGAAUUCAUCCCUUCUGGUUCCUCAUCUGAACUUACCCUGAACGAAACCCACGAGAGGAUGGUUGAGGCAGCCCAGGCCUUAGCAGCCCUCAACAAAGGUACCACAGAGGGUUUCCCCAUGCAUGGUAGCGUACGCAAUCUUCAAAUGAGCAUGGAUGACAGUGCGAAAUACUGGGACAAGCGAAGACGCAAUAACCAAGCUGCCAAGAAAUGCCGAGAUGCAAAGAGACUCUUGAUCGAUUACAGAGCAGCUCGUUCGGCUUACUUGGAGCAGGAGAACAUCCAGCUACAUCAUGAAACGUCUUCGCUGCAGAAGGAUGUGGCGAGAUUGAAGGAACUUGUCAGGAGAAAAACGGCAGAAGCAAACAAGAAGUUAUCUCAACAGUAACUUGACAUUGACACAAACUGUUUGUAACUUUGCCAUAAUAUUAUAAUUUCGUAUGUUUCUCAACAAUGUUGAAUUUGAUCAAAGAUAACAAAAAACACCGAUGGUGUCAAUUCUGAAGACAAAUUGAUGGUAUCUGGUAAGGAGACACAAGAAUUCUGCUUAACUAUUUUAUUUGCUACGCAAAUAUUGAGCAGGGAAACCAGUCACAAGCGAUGUUCAUUGAAUUAUUAACAGUUCACAACAUUAAUGAUUUGUAUACUAUUUCUUAUUCUUGAGAAAUUAUACGAUCAUCAAAUUGGUGUACCCUUCUUUCUUUCAAUUUUACUGAGGACAUUCACUUUGGAUGCCAUGAAAUGCACCCCAUUACUACUUCUUUGUCACAGGAAUGCUGGUGUGUAGAUUGUACAAAAUUUGUUUUUGGAGGUUUAUAACUGGUGCUGUAAAUAUUAGGCUCUAUCCCUUGUGCACACAAAACCGUUAAAAUUGCUGCAAAGUGUAUAGCUUUAUCGAUAACUUGGUUUUUCUUUUUGUACGAUAAAUAUUGAAGAUACUAAACGUACAGUAUGUUUAAAACAUCAAUCCUAAUUUAUUUUAUAAAUAAAACUAUAAGAAAGCGUGUUGGUCGACCAAAACAAUCGACACUAAACCUUUCCAAAAAUGUUCACAUUUUGUCCACAUGUUUAAAUCGCUCUUCAUAAAAAAAAAUGCAUUAUUUUUACAGGGCCUUCAGAAGUUCUCAGAGAGUUCUUAUUAUCGGGUUUUUGGAGGACUGCAUGUGUACAAUCUCAUAAGAAAGGUCGCCCACAAUAAUUGUUUGUUUUUUCUUGUCGAAAACGCCUUGAAUAUUGCAUUAUAUUUUUACCCGUCCUGAUUUUGUUUUAAAAGUUCAGAAAUAAGUCCAGUGCAUAAUACAAUACAAUAAAACUGUAUUGACUGCAUUUAUUACCGAAUUUUUAUUAGUUUAUUUGGUUAUGUACACUUUGACGUCAUUAUUUUCUGUUUCAUAUGUUUGAUUAUUGUAUAAUUACUUGAAACUAAUAGUUUUGUUGUUCAGCGGGCCAAGCUUCGUUUCCAAUCAUGAAUAAACAUUAAUCAUGUGUGAUUUCAUGUUAAUUAA